AUGGAAUUGUUGUCUGGGGUGCAACUGACGCCUCGCAAGGAGCGUUGCGAACACGCGCUGUACGUGCUCUGCGCCGAUGACAUCGCAGAGCAUGUUAGCCAGCACUCACUGGCCAAACACCUCAUGCAGGUCAAGGACAUGGUUGCUUGUGCUAUAACUCUCGUUAUUUUUGGCAGUAAAGACUAUUUCAAAUCGCCUAGUCGCCGCACUCUGAACAGUAAUCGCAAAUUAAUGACUGAAAUUGAACUUGAAAUGGCCGUCACAGAUCUAAUCGUCACCUCAGGCUGCGAUGCAGCAAUGGUGGAUUCUCCCAAUGAUCUGGCUCUUCUCAUAGCGCAGUUUACUAAGGCUCUAGCUGAAGCACCAUAUAAGAAAUCAAAACGGGCCAGUGAUGAGCAAGCUGAAUUCUACAUGAGGGGCGACAACAAGCAAUGUGUUGCUAUUGAUGGCGAUGGGAAUGGUAUGAGUAGACUAUGGCAACAAAUGGUCGCUGUCCUCCCAUUGUCCAGUUUGGAGACUUCCAGGGCCAUAUGCGCUCAGUACAAAACUCCAAUGGUGUUGUAUGAGGCUCUACAAACUUCAAACGCUGUGAACACAUUGGCAGACGUUAGCGUAGCGCGAGCUGCCGUUCCAAAUGCCAAGACGCGUCGAGUAGGGCCAGAGUUUGCACGGAAACUGCACAUACUCUUUACAUCUGACGAAGGAAGUGCAUUGAUAGACUGAAUUUGACCAACUGUUACAAAAUGUGAGAAUGAAAUAAAAACUCAAUACAAUUUUUUUGUGUGGUAUAACAUUUUUGUGAUUGUGGUAACACUGUUUAGAAGUCAUUGUAGUGUUGGGUCAUGGAAAAAUGUCUAUUUUGAAAAAAUCAUAUUAUUUCGCCACACAGGCAAAAACUACUCGUACUGAGUAUGGCCCACGGAGACUCUAUGUGGAGAUUCGUAGGACGCAU